AUGUUUAUAUUUUCCCUGUAUGAGGAUCUUCAACACGUCAAGCAGAGGUCAACAACAGCGAAACACUGGGCCGUACUUCGAGAUGUCAAUCAAGUAAAAAACCUGCCCCCAUUACUGCAAGCGUACACGCUGCAUCACAGGGUGCAAUGUAAACCUGGCCAACAUAGCCCGGGAGCCUAUGCUUUCAACAGCUCUGCCUAUUUUGUCAAUCCCUACCAAACAUUGGUGGCUCAUCUAGUGGUCGAUGGAAAGAACGGCUUAAACAACUAUUUGGCACUUUGUUCUCUCACCGUACCCGGGUUCGAACCCCACUGGAUUGGAGUGGACCUUGGAAAUUUGUUUUCAAUCAACUACACGAUUGUAUAUGUUGGACUGAACAACACCUCUCUACCAAUACCAACAUGGAACGAUCUAAACUUCUUCAUAGUGGGGGUGAGCAACAGGUUCCUGGAUGUUCACCCGCCAGUGAGAGGCACCUACGAUCUCUGUGCUCAAUAUCCAGGUGUGGUUGCUUCGAAGCAGGUGGUUCAGUUAAAUUGUUCCUCUACUACGCCUCCAGCCAGAUACGUCAUACUGCAACAACCUUCCAACUCUACUGGAUACAUCCAGCCCUUGACACCGGAUCACAUAGUUGACGGAUUCCACGACAUCCAGCUUUCAGGAUGCCAUUGUGGCCACACGGCAGAAACUACAGGAAAUCCAAAUUGGUAUGUGGUGGAUAUGCAGGGCAAGUACUAUGUCGACUACAUCAUAUUCACUGUCCGACUGGUGAAUUAUCGUGAGUGGUAUCUCAUCACCCAGCAAGCCGCUAAAGCCGGGGCUGGCUACUUCACUGUGUGUGAGCUAGAAGCAUAUCCUGCCGAUGUUGAAGCGACAAAAUUUGUGUUGAAAAGAAAGGCAAGUAUGUAUUUGAGUGGCUACAGAGUGCAGACAAUGAGUGUAAGAAGUGCCAUUGAAUGUCUCCACCGCGUUCGUAAAGUUGGCGGAUGUGAUUCCAUUAACUUCAAUGCAGCUUCCAAGACAUGCGAACUCAACAAACAUCAGAAUGGGUACAGCGGUCUAGGUUUGAAUGCUAACUGGGCUUUUUAUGUAGUCCAGUAUUACUGA